UCAUGCUUGGGCUAUUCCCUGCUCUGGCGCUCCUGGGAGCACUGGCCACCCCAGCAGGGACCUCCAGGACAUGUCCAGACUGCUCUUUGCUGGGAAACUGCACCGAGAGAACUUGUCCUCACGCCCAGGAUUCCUGCUUGUUCAGCCAGAUGCAGCUGGAAAAUGGGACUCUCAUCAAGAACGGGUCAUGUGUGUCCCCUCGGGAAUGCCGUGAAGGUGUCUAUGCCUUGACCUAUGGACCCCACUCAAGUUUCUGGGUCACCAUGGCCUGUUGUGACAACUGCAGCCAGGUUACCCAACCAGAGGCAGGACCCAAUGGCCAGCCCAACGGGAUGAAGUGUCAUUACUGUUCUGGAGAUAAGUUGGCUCCGUGUGACUCCACCAGAGUCAUGAACUGCACCGGACACCAGACUGUGUGUGUCACCCUCAACGGGACAUGGAGCGGAGGGAGUCCCCAAAUCUUGAAGGGAUGUGCUACACCAGAUUUCUGCAAACUGCAAGUGAACACCACCCUGGGCCUGGAAACAUCUGGAUUUCAUCUCAUGACUGGGCCUGAAUGCAACUACGGGCCUCCAACCCCCCAGCCAGAAAAGAGAGGUGCUAAUUGA